CAAUUCCCCCACCCAUUUGAUGUGAUAAAUCUUCUCGUAACUCCUACUCUUACAUACUUGAUCCAUAUUUCUCAGACUGCAGAAAAAUGGCCACCAUUACAGCCAGCAACCCAGCUACAUCGCUUGUGCGUGCCAGUGUAGCGAGUAAAGGAUUCAAUGGGAUUUCAUCACCCGUCCUUGGCCUGCCAGCCAUGGCGAAGAAGGGACGAGUGCGGUGCAUGUCUGAGGAGAAGCCCUGUGGAAGCGACAUGGGGUCAAGCAUCAGCAUGGGGGCGUCGUUGAUGGCAGCUGCUGCUGCAGUGGCAGCGUCGGCAGGGCCAGCAAUGGCACUGGUGGAUGAGAGACUGAGCACGGAGGGGACAGGGCUGCCCUUUGGGUUGAGCAACAACCUUCUUGGGUGGAUACUUUUCGGUGUGUUUGGUUUGAUCUGGGCUCUCUACUUUACCUACACUGCCACCCUCGAGGAGGAUGACGAGUCUGGGAUGUCCCUGUGAGCGAAAGGACAAAGUUAAACUGAAGAGUGAAAGAGGGGUGCGUAGAGAGAAGAAAUGAAAGAAAAUGGUUUGUUAGAUCUUUGUAUUAAUUAUUGCUUAAGCCAUUUUCAUUUGGUGAAGCAUGUAUUUGAUUCAAAACCCUCUGUCUUUCUCUCUUAAUAUUUGUUUUAAUUAUUGUCGUUGAAGGCAUGUGCCAAUUUUGAGUAUAAUUGGUUCAAUUAGGCCAUUGAAGGCAUCUUCUUUAGCCGCAGGUCCAUUUCUAAGCCUAGUUAUGGAGGUCUGUAUCCGUACUCAUAGCCCUUGAUUCAAUUUUCAUACUCACAAGAA